AUGUGUUUCGGGUCGUUCAAGGGCGGCGGCGGCGAUGACGGCGAGCUGGCGCCGAGACCCGCGCAGCAGCAAUCUGAGAAGAAGCAACAGCAGCAGCAGCAGCAGCAGCAGCAGCAGCAGCAGCAACAACAGCAGUCACGGCCAGGGAGCGGACGGGACGUCAAGAGCAAGCAGGGCCCUGGUGGCGGCGAGGCUCACGGACACGCGGCGGGAGGGGCCCCGUCGGGGUGGCAGCAGCAGCGGGCGGCGGACGAAUAUGCACCGCCGAUAGGGCCGCCUCCGGGACACCAAACAGACAGCUACGACGUUCCCCCUCCGGGCCCACCACCGGGGCAGCACUCGACUGCCUAUGCUCCUCCAGCCGGACCGCCCCCGGGACGGCACGACGAUGACUACGCGCCGCCGCCGGGCCCGCCUCCUCGGGCGUCUGACGACUGGGCCGCGCCGCCCAAGGAGCCGCCACCGACGGAUCCGGCUCACGCCAAGCUCCUCGAGCAUGACUGGCAGGCGGCCGUCCCGGACACGAGCCUGUUCCCGGACCCGCCUCCGUUCUUCAGCGGCUACGACAGGUCCCACACGACCAACGCCAGCGAGGAGGAGGCCGCGGCGGGCGAGCAGUGGUGCGAACAGUAUCCCCUGGCGCGACCCCUGGUCCUCGACGAGGCGGGGCGGGCGGCGCUCCAGGACCACAACAUCCGCCUGAUGCCGCCGGUGGGCUUCAACGGCUCGCUCGAGUGGCUCGGCAAGGGCCACUGGGCGGCGUCGACGGCCAGGGGCAGCCCGGACCGGUGCCUCAUCGGCUACCCGCCGCUCUACGUGGUCGAGCAGCACGACCCGACGCGGACGCAGCGGCCCAAGACGGUCUACUACGAGGUCAAGCUGCUGGGGUCGAGCCGCGAGACGUCGGUGGCCCUGGGGUUCGCGGCGCUGCCGUACCCGUCGUUCCGGAUGCCGGGCUGGCACCGGGGCAGCCUGGCGGUGCACGGCGACGACGGGCACCGGUUCGUCAACGACCGCUGGGGCGGCAAGGACUUUACGGGCGAGUUCCGGCGUGGGGACACGUACGGGCUGGGCAUGACGCUGCGGCCUCCAGCGGCGGCAGGGGGCGCCGCACACCGCCCCAAGGUGGAGAUCUUCUUGACGCGCAACGGCGUCCGCGUCGGCGGGUGGGACCUCCACGAGGAGACGGACGCGGAGCAGGACCUGCCCGUGACGGGGCUGGAGGGCUUCCACGACCUGAGCUGCGCGGUGGGAACGUUUGACGCGGUGAGCUUUGAGGUGGUGCUGGACCCGGCCAAGUGGGUGUACCGAGACGUAGAGCUGUAA